AUGACAUAUAAAAAAGAUGAAAUUAUUCGUGAUCUGAAAUACAAAGAUAAUUUUCUUGCUAUGCCUAUUUUUAACAAACAUAAAGAAGAAAGUCGUUUUGAUUUACGUUCAUCAACAACAUUCGAAAUGUAUUUGGUCAGUUCAAAUUCAUGGACGUUGUCGUUGUUGUUCAAUGUUGAUGGACAACGUUUAAAAUCGAAUAAAUACGAUCAACAUCAACGACUUGAAGAUAUGCUUCCAUGA